CAAGCCAACAAUGGGAUUUAUAUAUGAGGCAAUGGAGCGAGCAAAAUUGGCUAUUCAAAAAAAUUGUAGAAGCUAUUUGGAAUAUUGGAGAAUAAUUGAUCAUAGAUGGAAUUUUCAAUUGCAUCAUGACUUACAUGCCGCUGGUAAGAACAUUAUAUUAUAAUUUGAUAGUUUAGAAAGUUAAAUUGUUAAAUUAAAAGAUAACUUAUUAUCUAUCUUCAUAUUUUAUUUUGCAGGAUAUUUUCUAAAUCCUCAAUAUCAAUAUGGCCCACAUGAUAUUGGAAAUGAUAAUGAGAUCAUGUUGGGUCUCAAAAAUGUGAUUCAACGUCUAGAGGGGGAUUUAGUAAAUCAAGGAAAAGCAUUAAAUCAAGCCCUACUUUUUCGGGACAAAAUAGAGAGUUUUGGAACAGCUUUGGCGCAAAAGGCAAUUAAGUUCACUAAUCCAGCUGAGUGGUGGAUUAAUUAUGGAGAAAGUGCUCCUGAGUUGAGAAAAAUUGCUAUUAAAGUACUGAGCCAAACAACUUCAGCUUCAAACUGCGAGAGAAAUUGGAGUACAUUUUCUCUCAUUCACACAAAGACAAGAAACAGAUUGAAGUAUCAAAAAUUACAUGCACUUGUCUUUGUGCACUACAACAUGAGGCUGAAAAUCAGAAAUGUGACAAGAAAGAGCCAACAGGAGUUAGACAGGAGCUACGAUCCAAUUAAUUUGGAUUAUAUUUUUGAAGAAGAUGAUCCGUUAAACUCUUGGUUGGAGGAAAGGGAAUCUCCAUUGCUUGAUGGGCAACCAAAUCCAUGGUUAGAUGAUGAAGAGGCGGGUAAUGCUCCAUCACAGUCUGAAUCUGCCACUCAAACUCAAGGACAACAAGGUACUGCUGGUGAUGAUGAUUCUUUUAUUUUAUCCAGCUCUAGUAGUGAUGAUGAUGAUGGUGGUGGUGAUCAAGGUGGAGGAGGAACCACAGUUGAAGGAGGUGGUAGUCGUAGUUCACAAGAUCCACCUAGUCAAAGACAAAGUGGAAUUAGAAUUGCUUCUGAACCAUCUCCGAUGCGUACAUAUCAAAGAUCACGAGGCUCUCAUAGUUCUAGUACUGGUGGUGCUGAAACAUCCCAAACAAGAGGUAAGGAUGUUGCAUAUGAGGAGGAGGGGUCAAUUGAUUCAUUAAAUUAUGGAUACAACGCUGGCACGCAUAAUCCAAAUUUUAUGUAUGGUGGUGGACCUGGUGGUAGCUCAUCAUCUGAAGAUACUUCAUCAAAUUAUGGGUUCCAUGGCCAAUUUAGAGGGGUGCCAUAUCCAACAAAUUAUCCUCCUGCAUAUUCAUAUUACCCCUUAUCAGGAGCAGAGUCAGCUUUAUCAUACCCUCAGCCAACUUAUGGUGAUCCUAAUGAUAUUAUGGGUGGUGGUUCUUUAUUCAGUUUUGAUCCACAACAAUACUAUCAACAUCAGCAGCAUCACCUUAAUGAUCAAAGCUCAGAGAGCCAAAGUCAAGACCAACAAGAACCUGCACGACGUUCUUUUUGGUGGUAGUGAGGUUGGUAAUUUCCUAUAUGGCAUUUAAUUUAAGCUAAAUAGUAAUAUAUUUGAUAUAUUUAUGUUUAUUAUAUAUUUGUAUACAUUGUUCUGAAUUAAAUCUAUUGAUAUCAUAUCAUUUUAUGAACUUUGCAAAUUGAUUUGAAAAAUUUGCGUAGCGCCAGGCCGUUACCGUUACGUUACGGCUGUUACAGACCUGUUUCCGUUAUCCGCGACCGCGGCCGCGAUCGCGAUUUAAAACCAUGGAUUGGAAGAUCCAUUCAAUUUGUGUUCCGUGAUUUUAGUCAUCAUAGGAAUCACAUCAGUUACGGUGGUGGUUUUCACUUCAACCAUGACAACAAACCCAAAACGACAGCAACAAAAGAAACACAGAAUCAGAAAACAGUACCCGGCGUGAACAGUGUCGAUGAACAGUACUCGUG